AUGUCGGAGUUUAUUGGGAAGUGGAAAGUUGUUGCUGAGGAGAAUCUAGACGAAAUCUUUCAGGCAUUUGGAGUGGACGACGAAAUGCGAUCAAAGGCAAAGGAGGGUAUAAUCCAGCCAAUUCAGGAUAUUAAUAUAAUUGACGGCGAGUAUUUCAUAAAGACAACAAUAGGCCAUCUCUCCACGGAGGUCCGCUUCAAACUUGGCGUAACUUUCCCAAGUUCAUCCAUGGAUGGCAAAAAAAUCAUGGUAACAUACAGAAUGAAUGGAAAUGCACUGGAAGAAGUGCAACAAUACGGUGAUCACGAAGCGUUAAUUUCCCGUGUUGUCAAUGGCAAAGAACUUGUCUCGACCAUUACUGGAAAAGGAAAGAAGGCCAUUAUUCGUUAUACAAGAGUAUGA